UGAAAAUGUUGAGUGAAUAUACGUACUUAUGAAUCCGUUUAUUUACAUUUUGUAUUAUCUUUUUUAAAGUAUUAUGCCUGUCUUAUAGUAUGUUACCACAUUAAGCUUCAUUAGCACUAAACAAUAGUCAUAUCAUUGUAGAAUGUAUUCAUCUAACCCGCAGAAUCCAUUUUUCAUUUUUGAAUUUUGUUUUAAAAAUUAUUAAGUGUGUUAUCUUUACUAGCGUGAAUGUAUUUCCAUCCAUGUUGGGCAAGCCGGAGUUCAAAUGGGCAAUUCUUGCUGGGAAUUAUAUUGCCUUGAACAUGGCAUCCAACCAGAUGGCCGAUUAGACAGUGAAAAAAGUGCUGGCAUUGGAGACAAUUCCCAUGACACCUUCUUCUCGGAAACUGGAACUGGGACAUUUAAUCCUAGAGCUAUCUUUGUGGAUCUGGAGCCCACUGUUGUUGAUGAGGUACGCACCGGGACUUAUCGGCAUCUCUUCCAUCCAGAACAGCUUAUCACAGGAAAAGAGGAUGCAGCCAACAAUUAUGCCCGAGGGCACUUCACCAUUGGCAAGGAUAUCAUUGAAUCUGUCUUGGACCGUAUUCGAAAACUGGCUAAUCAGUGCACAGGACUACAGGGCUUCCUGAUUUUCCACAGCUUGGGAGGAGGUACUGGCUCAGGCUUCGCUUCCCUGCUCAUGGAGAGGCUGUCUGUCGAUUAUGAGAAAAAAAGUAAACUGGAAUUUGCCAUCUAUCCAGCACCUCAGGUUUCUACAGCUGUGGUGGAGCCUUACAACACCGUUCUAACUACACACUCCACCCUGGAGCAUUCAGAUUGUGCCUUCAUGGUGGACAAUGAGGCUAUUUAUGACAUAUGCAGGAGGAACUUGGACAUUGAACGGCCCACCUAUACCAAUCUGAAUCGUCUCAUCGGUCAAAUUGUUUCUUCAAUUACUGCCUCCUUACGGUUUGAUGGUGCCCUGAAUGUGGAUCUAGUUGAAUUUCAGACUAACUUGGUUCCAUAUCCUCGCAUCCACUUUCCUCUUGUCGCUUAUUCACCAGUUAUAUCUUCAGAAAAAGCUUAUCAUGAGCAGCUUUCGGUAGCAGAAAUCACAUGCUCCUGUUUUGAUCCCACCAAUCAAAUGGUAAAGUGUGAUCCUCGUCAUGGCAAAUACAUGGCAUGCUGCCUUCUGUAUAGGGGUGAUGUGGUGCCUAAAGAUGUAAAUUCUGCUAUUGCCGCAAUCAAAAACAAGAGUUCUGUCCAGUUUGUAGACUGGUGUCCCACGGGCUUUAAGGUAGGCGUCAAUCAUCAGCCACCUACUGUAGUGCCCGGAGGUGACUUGGCCAAGGUGCAGCGAGCAGUUUGCAUGUUAAGUAACACUACAGCAAUCGCCGAGGCUUGGGCCCGUCUGAAUCACAAGUUUGAUCUGAUGUAUGCAAAACGAGCGUUCGUACACUGGUAUGUAGGGGAAGGCAUGAUAGAAGGUGAGUUCUCAGAAGCCAGGGAAAAUCUGGCAGCCCUGGAAAAGGAUUAUGAGGAGGUGGGCAUCAACUCCAUAGAAAGCAAGUGUGAGGAAGAGUAUUAAAUGAAGGCAAGUCAUUAUGAAAAAUGCUGAUAGUCGUAAAGUGUGGGGCAAAAUGUAUUUUGAAACACA